ACUCAUUCUCACACACACCUUAAACACCAUGCAUGGCGCUCUCACUCCUUAACUCUUCAACCUUCACUUGACAACAAACUGUGGGAAUACGCUAAAUAAGCGCAGCAUUCAAUGAAACGGGAUCUCUUGGAAACAAAGCAAAUUACUUCCACCGUAUUUGAAGAGCUGCUGGAUUUGGACUUAAAAGACAGGACAUUUCUGAACUGUUCAUGAUAAUGCCGGUGGUCAAAGUGGAGAAAGACUCUGCAGCAGACAACACCUUGUCUGCCUCCAACGCUCCGCUGCAGACCGAGGAGCAGCCCAGAGGUCGCAGGAGGAAGAGACCUCUCCAGCGAGGGAAACCCCCUUACAGCUACAUCGCACUCAUUUCCAUGGCCAUAGCCAACAACCCUGACCGCAAGCUGACUUUGGGGGGCAUCUACAAGUUCAUCACAGAGCGCUUUCCCUUCUACAGAGACAAUUCAAAGAAAUGGCAGAACUCCAUCCGCCAUAACUUGACUCUCAAUGAUUGCUUUAUCAAGAUCCCCCGAGAGCCGGGGCGGCCAGGGAAGGGCAACUACUGGGCCUUAGACCCCAACGCAGAGGACAUGUUUGAGAGCGGCAGCUUCCUGAGGCGCAGGAAGAGGUUUAAGCGCUGUGACUUCAGCACUUACACUUCAUAUGUCCACGAGACACCAGUUUUCUCUCCUGUCCAGAUUGCCAGAUCUGCCGCUUAUACCAACUCAGUCUACAACAAUAUGGCAGUCAGUCCGGCCUACGGGCAGCAGCUGCACUCCUACUACCCCUCUUCAUCUCCUCCUGGGUUUGGACCUGGUCAGACCCGCAUGUUCAGCAUCAAUAACCUCAUAGGACACCAGACUCCAGGGCCAGAGGUGAUGCAGCAGCCCGGCCGGAGCUUCAGUCCCGAGGGGCUCCCGAACGUAUCCAGUCCCUGCAGCCUGGGAGCCCCGGCUUUCCAGAGCCAACCAUGCGGAGGGGCCGUAUCAUCACGCUCCUCUACGCAUCCCGGGUUCACCUACUCCGGUCCGAACGGCCACCCACACCAUCAUACACACCAUGGCUCGUAUGGACAGGGCCACACCCAGGGGUAUGCAGCGACAGGACGCCUCCAUUCCUCAGCCCACGGGUCUGUGGAGUCCAGCAUGGACCAUUACGGCAGGGUCUCCCCAGUGCAGUUGGGCUCUUUCUCCCAGUAUAACAGUGCUGCAGGUCCUAUCGCCAACACUGGGGGUUACCUGAGACACCCAACGUACCCAGGGAAUAUGGACAGGUUUGUGUCCGCUAUCUGAGCCACUGACAAUCUAGAUCAGAGCAUCCAACUACUUUGUUAACAGAACAUAAGAGACUUGAGAUGGCACCCAAUGAGCCAAGCGUGAUUUGUUCAAUGCGUUUGUUAAGGACAAAACUGAACAGACUGAUUAAAAACACCUCUCCUGAAACAACUGUGAUUUACCACAUUAACCCAACAACCCAUUGAUGGUAAUUUACUUUGAGAUACACGCUAUAAAUGUGGACUUAAAUGUCACAAGGCCUCUUCACAGCAUGUGAGUGUAAAGUUCCUCUAAUGAGACGUGUGGUUGCAAGCUUCAUUUUUUUUUUCAUGAAUUGAAUGUGCAAGCUUAAUAUUUACAUAACUGCUGAGUUUAAAUGACAGACUUUGAAAUAUUAGUAUAAAUUAUUGUGCUUCAUGGUCAUAGGCUUUGCAAUAAGUGGCUUGUAUGAAGAACGUCAGCUUUAGUACAUUUGCAUGUAAUGUAAUGCAUAUUAGGUUGCCUUUUUUUGGAAAUAAACAGAAUUAUAUAGCACUUUGGUUCUUCAAGAAUAAAA